GCACAGAACACGACCAUAACCUACCCAAGACAAGUCCCGCUCUCGUUCUCUCUCUCUCUUGCUCUCUCUCUUUCUCUCUCUCAAGACUUGAGCGAUGGAUUCAUUUUUGACAAUCACAGCUGCCCUUCUAUUAGUUGGUUCUUUAUCUUCGACUGCUUCGAGACAAUUCGACACUGAAUGUUACACAGCCAAUGGAGAGGACUACAGAGGCUGUCAGAACCAGACAAGCCUCCUGGAGGGAAAGCCCUGCCUCUUCUGGAACGAAACCUUCCAGCACCCCUACAACACCCUCAAGUACCCCAAUGGAGAGGGUGGUCUUGGCAGCCACAACUACUGCAGGAACCCUGAUGGUGAUGUCCAGCCGUGGUGUUACAUCGCUGACCAUGAAGACGGAAUCUACUGGAGAUACUGCGACAUACCCACCUGUCAGAUGCCUGGUAACCUGGGCUGUUUUAAGGACAGUGGCGACCCUCCCACCCUGACAGGGAGCAGUCAGACCUCUAACAAACUCACCGUCCAGAACUGCAUCAGCUUCUGCCGUAAACAGAGAUACAUGCUUGCCGGGAUGGAGUCGGGUUAUGCCUGUUUCUGUGGCAACAACCUGGACCUGCGUCUCCAUGGCAAGGCGCCCAGCAUGGAAUGCAACCACGUGUGUUUCGGUGACCACACCCAGCCUUGUGGGGGAGAUGGAUGGGUCAUCGUCUUUGACACUCGAGUGGGGGCGUGCGGGGGUAACUACUCUGCGCCCUCUGGGGUGGUGUACUCCCCUGACUUCCCUGAUAAGUACGGGGCCGGGAGGGUUUGCUACUGGACUGUCCAGGUCCCUGGAGCCUCCGUGAUCCUGUUCAACUUCACCUUCUUUGACAUCUCGGACCAGACAGACAUGGUUGAACUACUCGACGGCUACACCAACCAGGUGGUGGCGAGGUUUGACGGCCGUACCCCUCCCCGGGAGCUGGUCAACGUCACUGGAGACUUUGUUAUCCUCUACUUCUACUCAGACCGAACCAACCAGGCACAGGGCUUCGCUGUCACGUAUCAAGCUCUGAGAGGCCUGGACACCAGGCCUAUGGAUGAGGAAGAGGAGGAGGAGGAGGAGGAGGAGGAAGAGGACACCAGUACGGUGGAGCCUCAGCUGGGAGGUGUAACGGAGAAGUCUAACGGUCGCUCCUCAAAAAUCCUCUACGUGAUAACAUCCAGUCCUGGUAAACCGGACCACAACAUGCCAGGUCAGUGGGUCGGACCCAACGGUACCAACGGAUACACCUCUAAGUGGACCAUCUACACUCUGGCUGCUCUCCUGACUCUGACAGUCAUUGUCAUGGUGACCAAACUACUGCUUCAUGUCACAGUCAAAUCUCCCAACAUCCCGACCAUCAGUGGUUCAGAGAGCUGCAGCGGUCAGAGUUCUGGGUCUGAGCCCUGGAUCAUCCUUUACCAGCCCUCCACCAUCUCUCUUUUCAAGAAAAAGCUAAAGAACCACCACGGAGACCUCAGCCCUCUGGUGGGCAACUAGGGAACUGCAGUCUGGUAUACUACCGCCAUCCCUCACUGAACCCUGUACCAGGGCCUACCGUACCAGAGCUAGCAACAGAGCUGGCCGCCCCAAACCAAUGAGACUCCAUGGGGCACUGAGCUACAAAGCUAACAUGCUAACUAAUGACUGAUUCACUGACUCACUGAGAGACUACUACCAAAAUGGUCCAGACAGGGCUGUCUGUGUCUGCUGUGUACAAGGCAGGAGAGGAGAGGAGAUGUACAAACAGCUCACGGUGGACAUUUUACUGCAGGGCACUCAUAUUCUUGGGGUUCUACUUCCAUUGUCUCUCCAUGGAUGUCUGAUAGAUUAUUGAAGUCCCCCUCUAAAGACAAGGGUUGGCUGGGGCCAAAUCAGAUUCCAGUUUCCACUGGACUCCUCCAGAAUGCAGGUCUUCCAUUGUAACUGUUUCCAAGUGGGGCACAAAAUGACAGACUACGCAUCUCUCCUCAUUUAAUAAUCUGCGAACAACAAAGGGAGCCAUGCAUAUUCCCUGUCAGUGACUGUAACUGGUGUCUCACAUUGAAAAAGGGGGUUGAAUCCUGAUCGUUAUCACGGGACGAGGACACCAACCCCGUCAUAUUACGGUACAUUUAACUCUAACUCAGUUAUGUAAGUACAAUUAAUACCACUAUGGACAAUCGGCAGUUAUUGAACCACAACAGCCAGCUAAGCCUGAAAGGGAUCCCCCUUUCCUCUCAGACAGCAAUGAGUUACCUGUAACUAUGGUGUGUUAUGUAGGCCAGUGUUUGAUAGAGAGAAGAGAGGUGAUUUACCUGUUCUAUCUGGAGCCAGGAGAAUGGAUAGCAUGAGUAAGUCAUAAAGAAAGAACGCAUGUGCAGCUGCUGCAUAUGUCUGGAUUGAAUAACCAAAAAAAAAAAAAAAAAGACAUGCAUACAGAGAACAAAAUAACACUUCCUCACUCUCUCUCUAUGCCACGCUGCCUCUGGAGGAAACCAUGUCAGAAGCCUCUCCAAUGACUUGGGCUGGAUGGAGGGGGAGAGGGAAGUAGGGAGAGGGAAGUAGGGAGGGGGAAGUAGGGAG